UAUAACGAUUUUAAUUCAAAUCAAAGUGUUUUUUUAGAGAGAGAGGCGAUGUGCGAGAAAGCUGGAGUGAUAGUGAGAAUGCUACAAGGCUGCAACAGCAUGACCAAGCUCCGUAAGAUCCAUUCCCACGUCAUCACCAGCGGUCUCCAACACCACCCUCCAAUCUUCGACAACCUCCUCCGCUUCUGCGCCGUCUCCGUCACCGGCUCUUUAUCUCACGCUCUCCUCCUCUUCCAACACUUCGAUUCUGAUCCAUCGACGACGGCUUGGAACUACCUCCUCCGCGGCUUCUCCGUAUCGUCAACUCCUCUCUCUUCCCUUCUCUUCUACAAUCAAAUGCUCCUCUCCACACGCCCCGACAUCUACACUUUCAGUUUCGCCCUAAAGGCAUGCGAGAAGCUCCGGUCGGUUCCGAAAUGUCGGGAGAUUCACGGUUCGGUUAUCCGGUCUGGUUUCCACUCCGACAACAUCGUCUCCACCGGUCUUGUUCGUUGUUACUCUGCGACUGGAAACAUUGACAUUGCUUUCAAAGUGUUCGACGAAAUGCCUGUGAGAGACUUGAUCUCUUGGAACGCGAUGAUCUCUUGCCUUUCUCAUGCUGGUUUACACCAUCAAGCUCUGAGUAUGCACAAACGAAUGGAGAACGAAGGUGUGUGCGUCGACGCGUACACGAUCGUUGCUCUGUUAUCGUCUUGUGCUCAUGUAAGCGCUUUGAAUAUGGGAGUUAUGCUACACAGGAAGGCCUGUGAUGUUCGGUGUGAGGGAAGUGUAUACGUGGGAAACGCUCUUAUCGAUAUGUAUGCUAAAGGCGGUAGCCUUGAGAACGCUGUUAGUGUCUUCAAUGGGAUGCGUAAGAGAGAUGUUACAACGUGGAACUCGAUGAUUAUGGGUUAUGGAGUUCAUGGGAAAGGCAUAGAUGCCAUCUCGUUCUUUAGAGAGAUGGUGACUUUUGGGGUUAGACCCAAUGCCAUUACGUUCCUAGGAUUGUUGUUGGGUUGUAGUCAUCAAGGUCUGGUGAAAGAAGGAGCUGAGCAUUUCAAAAUGAUGAGUUCUGAGUUUUGUCUGAGCCCUAACGUUAAACACUAUGGAUGCAUGGUGGAUCUUUAUGGACGAGCAGGGGAGUUCGAUAAGGCGCUUGAGAUGGUACACGCGUCCUCCUGCCAUGAAGAUCCUGUGUUGUGGAGAACCCUGCUUGGCUCUUGCAAGAUCCACAGGAAUUUGGAACUUGGUGAAGUGGCUAUGAAGAAGUUGGUGCAGCUCAAGGCUUUCAACGCAGGGGACUAUGUGCUUAUGACUUCGAUAUAUUCUGCAGCUAAUGAUGCUCAAGGCUUUGCUAGCAUGAGAAAGCUAAUGAGAAGUCAUGAGUUACGGACAGUUCCAGGUUGGAGUUGGAUUGAGAUUGGUGAUCAAGUUCACAAAUUUGUGGUUGAUGACAAAAUGCAUCCGGAGUCUGCACUUAUUUACUCAGAACUAAAGGAAGUAGUUCGUCGCGCCGUACUAGCUGGUUACAAGCCAGAGGUGUCAAACGUAACCGGUUCAGGUUUCUCUGAUCGGUGUUUAGGAUCUGCGUUUCACAGUGAAAAGUUGGCUAUUGCUUAUGGAUUGAUGAGAACUCCUGCAGGAACAGCUCUCAGGAUCACAAAGAAUCUCAGAGUUUGCAGAGAUUGUCAUUCGUUUACAAAAUGUGUGUCGAAAGCAUUCAGUAGGGAUAUUAUUGUAAGGGAUAGAGUUCGGUUUCAUCACUUUGCAGGUGGUCUUUGUUCUUGUAACGACUACUGGUGACAACACUGUUCUCGAUUAGCCUAACAAGGGUGCUUGCAAGUUAUUAAGAUUGUGGGUGUCAUGGAUUCGUAUUCUUGUGUGUUCUGUGUGUACUAGGUGGAUUAUGCUAUGUGCAAGAUCUACAUGACGCCAAGGGGAAUUAAGAAAAAAGCAGAGGAAGAAGAAAACGAGAAGAGGAAGAAGAAGAGAGAAGGAGGAGGAGGUGAAGCAUCACAAGAGGUUGAUCAGCCUUGUACUCCUGCGGUUCAGCAAAAGAUGUUGAUGGUGGAGGAGCCGACAGGGCUGUUGUGUGAAGAAAUCGUCAAAGAAGGACUGAUCUCAUAUCAAGUCUAUGGUGACCUGCUCAGAAAGAUUUGGAUAAGAAAGCUUUUAUAUAUAGCGUUUUGUAAUCAAUUAGGUGACGUAGAGAACAAGCAUAGAGUAUAAUAGUUUCCUUGUGUCGUCUUAGUUUCUAGUUGCUUUGUGUGUUCCUUCAUUGCAAUGUUCUCCAAAACCAUGUAAAAAUCAUCUUGCCUCUAAUGUGUAGAAAAUCUACUAAA